UUCCGUUCCUGUUCAAGGUUCAGGAUACUGCCGCAAGACAAGAGCAUGAAGCGCCCUGCGCCUUACACAGUGCCAGCUAUGUUUGCAGUAGCGGUAGCUGCGGGAGCUUUGAUGCCUGGCACCCUUGCUUUCGUUGCAUCGCCAAACGUGAUCAUCACCGGAACUCAGCAACGUUUGCCCAGCAGACUUGGUCAACCUGCUACCUCCCGGCAUGAGUCGCUCAGCAUGAGUGUUUCGCCAGGUGCAAAGCUCGUGCUCAACGACGGCGAGCGGACGAAGCUGAACGACGGUCCAGACGGGCUCUUCUACGGCUACCCUCGCAUCUGCUACCACGUUGACGAGGGCUUCCUCAAGCACCUCACGGAGCUGUACCGAGAAAGAAUCCCUGCGGGCGGUGCGGUGCUAGACAUGAUGUCUUCGUGGGUCAGUCACCUCCCACCAGAGGUUACCUACGAACGCGUGGAUGGACACGGGAUGAACCUCGAAGAGCUGGGCCGGAACCCGCGUCUUGACACAAAGCGGGUGUGGGACCUGAACGCGGAACCCCGCCUCCCGUUCGAAGACGCUACCUAUGACGCAGUGGUCUGUACCGUGUCGGUGCAGUACCUCCAGCAGCCGGAGGCAGUGUUCGCGGACGUGUGCCGAGUGCUCAAGCCUGGCGGUGUGGCCAUCUUCUCUUUCUCGAACCGAAUGUUCUCCGACAAGGCCAUCAAGGGUUGGAUCAACCGGACAGCCAAGGGGCGAGCGCGCCUUGUGUCCGAUUACUUCAAUGCUGCGGGUGGAUUCGGACCGCCGGAGGUAGUCGAGCGCGAAGCUUCGGACAGCGCCGGAUUUUUCGAGGGCUUUGCCGAUAUGUUCGGCAUGGUCGGGAAAGGUGACCCGUUCUGCGCGGUUGUCGCAACCAAAGAAGGCUGACAACGCAAUCAAGUCAACGCUCCCCACCCCCGAAGACCACAAAAACCGCGGAGCAACAGCAGUCCGGUUGAUUGGACAGGCGGACAGUUGACCGGAUCAAUGAGCGGGCCGAUCAGCUGACCGUUCGCGUGUGCGUAUGUACGAUCUUCAUCGGGUAAAUGUGUCCUGUUUUGGGCCAGACGUAGAGAAUCAGCCAACGUAUCGAUCGAUCCCCAGGGUGAGGUUUCCACAGGUGGUGAUGUGCAUGUUGUGGGAGGGGGAGCUUUGCAGACCGGAUCAAGGAGCAGCGAAAACGGUCAUGAAAUAUAUUGUAGUCUGGGCAUCGGGCGUAGAUUUGUUUCGGCCAGAUGUAUAAAUUACAACCCCCUGUGCUUCGACACCGCCGGGGUUGCCAUUCCGCAGCAGCUGCGGUGGUGGGUGUUGCGAUGAUCGGGGAGCGGUACACAAACUGCUGCUUGUGUCUGCCCUACGGCUGUCUUUGCACACGACAGAGGUGUAGCAACGUUUUAUUCGCGCCCCGCUCGGUGUACAGCCCAAGAUAACAGCAUUCGGGGAGUGAUAAUGGCGCGGCGUUCAUGCGUGUUUGGGAUCCAAGGUCUCUUGCCGAGGCGAUGUUGCAGGGGCUGUAAAUUGCGUACGGCCGAAGGUGAGGCCGGAUGAAAAAGAACCAUUGUUCGCCUGCUACAAUGGAAGGGAUGAAUCUGCACGGCGACACGCCUCCUUGUAGAUUACUUUUGAUAGAUGUUUCCGACACUUUGCCCCCGUUCAUUUUUGAGCAACAGGGUUGGUUUCAAAAGGGAGGUCUCGGUUUUGAUAUGCCACCCGGGGAUCCCCUUGGGCUAACACUGGACUAGGAGAGACACCUCCUAAGUUGUGGGGGGGGAUCAGUGACGCCACCACUUGUACACCCUGGGGCGGAGACUUUUUUGUUAGAAAGGGAGGGUUCAGCGUUGGGAGGGAAGAAGUGUGAUGAGGAGGACAAC